AUGGAUGGCGGAAGUUUUGCUCUACCAAAAGCUUUGAGGCCUACAAAGAAAGGCGAUGCUAAAAACGAAGAGCCUAAAAAGGAAAGUUUGAAUGAUGGGAGCACAAAAAUAAAGCUCGAUGUCAAAGUAACUGGCAGUGCGAAGAAAGGACCAGUACCUGAUCCAAAAGUUGAUGACAAAUCACCCCAAAAUCUGACCACUAAACCUUGUACCGAUGCUGAUGAUGCAAGCGACCUCAAAGCUCCUGACAAGUUAGCCAAACCUGCUGAUCAAGCUGCGGAGUCUAAACCUGAAAACCCACCUAAAGUUGAGGAAAAACGUAAAGUAGAGCCGGAAGUAGCAGUUUUACAGUAUAAGGAGCCGAAGUGGAGUGGUCCCGCCGCGUUUCCUUAUACGUUGGAAGUCCUGAAGAGCGGGAAGAUCCUUGAGGAAGUGGACAUCAGUGAGUCGUGCUUUGUGACAGUUGGCAGAUUGCCAUCCUGUGAUGUUCCCUGUCUUCACCCCUCCAUCUCCAGAUAUCAUGCUGUCUUCCAACACAAACCUGCCGAGGGAGAGACGGCGGGAGCAGUGUUCUUGUACGAUCUAGGGAGCAGCUACGGCACUACAAUAAACAAGGUGAAGAUCUCAGCCCGGACCUACUACAUGAUGAAGACCGGAUAUGUUAUCAAGUUUGGUGCCAGUACCCGCCUCUACAUUGUAAAGGGACCAUUGGAAGAAGCGUUUGAAGAUGAAGAGGAUAUGGUGCCAGAACCAGCGGACAUUAAGGACGCUUCAGUAGAAAACAAGAUCAACAAAUUAGGAAUCUUAGCAUCUGAAGAAGCAGAAAUAAUGUUGAACAUGCUGAAAUCACGGGAGACAGAUAUAGAUCUUUCAGCUGAGAAAGAAACUGAAGGGGGUGUCAGCUGGGGCUUCAGGUUAGAAUUUGUCUCUACAACAGUUUCCAGGGUGCAGAGAAGACGCGCCAGAGGAAGAGAUGGAGAGCUGAAGCUGGACUUGACGUUAAUGUCCCGUCCAGCAGACUUCAAGGAUCCUAAAAAAACUCUGCGCGGGUUUUUCGAGCGGGAAGGAGUUGAAUUAGAGUACGUUGUAACGGAGAAAGGAGUCGGCAAACAUCACCAGUACAUCUGCAAAGUGGAACUCCCCAUUGAUACCCCUAAUCCUGUUUAUGCUGAAGGUACAACCUCUGGGAAGAAGAGAGAUGCUGUGUUAGCAUGCGCCCUGCACGGCUGUAGGUUGCUGGACGCCUACGGUGUCCUCAGAUCCUCCAGAAAGAACGAGGAUAUAGAGACUCGGAAACAGAGACUAGAGAAGAAUGACUUCUACGACAGCGACGAGGACACAUUCCUGGACCGAACAGGAGAAGUUGAACACAGAAGAAAGCGGCGAAUGUUAAGGGCGGGGGUACAGGACGGUAUACAGAAGUCUAGAAGUCAUGAUAUGUUGAGUGAGGAGUUACAUCAGGCAAACGAGGAAAUAGCAAGAAUACAGAAGACCAUAUCAGAGAGUAAGGCCUCGCAGGAACAAGAAGCCGAGCAAGACAGCCUGGAUUCCUUCAUGGCUUCUGUUUCAGAUACUACCGUUACUUCAGGGGCUCUGAAGGAGAUGAAGAAGAGACUGCAUGAUCUGAAACAAAGCCGUGUCAAGCUGGAGAAACUGUGUGAAAUGUCGAAACCUAUAGCAUUACCCGAGGUUAAGAGGUUGUCUGCACUACCGAGUAAUGUAACGACGGGAAAAGUUGGGAAAGUGUCCAAACCUACCCCUUCAUCAACUACGCUUCCUGUGCAGACUAAAACUUUACAACCUUCAAAGAAGAUUAAAAUUAACAUGUCAUUAAAGUCGCGACAACCCACAGCAAACACCGAAAAACCAGGAAUUAUACUACCAAUAUCAGAACAAAAGUCAGAUUCAACAGCGGGUGAAGGUGCCGAUCAGGAGAGUAGAUUAACAUCUGAGAAAAUAACCGAAAUAACAGAAUUUAGUGCAGAAACAGAACCCGAAGUGACAGGCGUCAGUGAGCCUAGGGAUAAUACGCCCGACUCUUCCAAUAAUAUCGCAGCUGAUAGCACGGCGAGAUCUCCUAAACAAUUUAAAAAACCUCCAAAAAAGAAAGCCAAAAAACCAGUUCCUCAAAAUCCCACCCUGUUAGAUAACGUCAAUUGGGAGGAUGACGUAAACGACGAAAACUUUGUUAACUGGACGCCCCCUGUCGGUCAAUCUGGAGAUGGUAAAACGAAACUGAACGACAAAUUUGGAUAUUGAGAGGCAGCAUUUUAAUUUUUAUCGAUAUGCGAGUUUUAAUGAAUUAAUUUUACGUUAAACUGCGUCUGCACUCUGCACCGUUUGUAAUUA